AGGCUAAUUCGACGGCCGCCGUAGCUAGUUGGCAAACGGGACAUAAUCUCAUAAACCUCACUCCUAAGUCUUCACUUAUAAAUUCAACAAUGGUCGUUCAGUGUUGCGCAAAAUGGAUCAAAAUGAACACAACCAUAAUGACUUUCUUGAUCUAGACGACCUUUUACCCCAAGUGGGCGAAUUUGGUCGAUACCAAAAACUACUUCUCUGCCUCAUCUGCCUUCCUGCAUGUCUUCCAUGCGGGUUUUGCGCCUUCAACCAAUUAUUCAUGACCGAAACACCUGACCACUGGUGCAAAACACCCCAAGUACUCAACCUCACACAAGAAGAACGAAGAAACCUCUUUAUUCCCAAAGACAACAACUCUUUUUCCAAAUGUCUGAGAUACACAAUUAACUGGACACAUAUUUCCGACAAUUUUGACAAUAUCUCUUCGCGUCCUACUGAAGAAUGUACCGAGGGAUGGCAAUUUGACGAAGCCGCCUAUUCUAGCAUUGUCACUGAUUUUGAACUAGUUUGUGACAAAAGUAUAUACCCCACUUUGGGUCUUGUGGCCUUAAAUCUAGGGGGACCAGUGGGAGUCUACUAUUUCGGGAUGCUGAACGACAGCAUAGGUCGCAAAAGAUCAUUUUUUGUGUGUCUCACGAUCCUACUUUUUGGGAGUGUUUUAACAGCAACGGCCCAAAAUUUCUGGUGGUGGGCUGCUAGUAGAGUCAUUGUGGGGCUUACGAUACCUGCGAUUUACCAAAUUCCGUUUAUUAUUUCUUUGGAGCUUGUAGGUCCCAAUUACCGGUCAUUUGUCACAGUCAUGAUUUGCUUAUUUUAUACUUUGGGCUUAUUAAUGUUAGCUGGUGUGGCAUAUUUGGUACGAGAUUGGGUCUAUUUUGCCCUUUCGACCUCACUUCCGUUCAUCCUGUACUAUUUUUACUGGUUUUUCUUACCGGAAAGUCCGAGGUGGUUGUUAGCAAAAGGCCGAUUUGAGGAAGCUUCCAGAAUUUUAGAAUCUUUGGCUCGGGUUAAUAAGCAAGAACUGCCGUCGAGUUUUAAGCAACAAUUGAAGCAAAAAAUGUUACGUACAAGGACUUUGAGUGAAGAGGAAAGUUAUAAAAAGAUACCAAACUGUACUGAACUUUGCGCUACACCAAAUAUGAGAUUAAAAACCAUUUUAAUAACACUAAAUUGGUUUGCAAAUGAGGUGGUUUACGUCGGGUUGAGUUAUUAUGGGCCAUCGUUGGGGAAUAACGAAUAUAUGAGUUUUUUUCUGUCUUCGGCGAUUGAAAUUCCCAGUUAUUUUAUCUGUUGGUUAGUAAUGGACCGGUGGGGGAGGAGAUGGCCGCUAUGCUUAUGCAUGAUCAUUAGUGGAAUUUGCUGUAUUACCACAUUUCUUCUACCUGAAGGUUCAGUCGGAUUGAUUUUAGCAUUUUUUUUAAUGGCCAAGUCUACGAUUGCCGCCUCGUUUCUUAUUAUUUAUCCUUUUGCAGGGGAAUUGUUUCCAACACAGUUGAGGGGUUUGGGAAUUGGAGUGUCUGCUUAUAUUGGCGGAAUAGGCCGAAUUGUAAUUCCAUUUAUAACGUUUCUAGGGUCAGAAAUGGUGGUGUUACCGCUACUUAUCAUGGGAAUUAUCUCUGUGAUUGGUGGAUUGAUUGGUCUGCGUUUACCCGAAACUCUGCAUUACCGUCUACCUCAAACUCUAGAAGAAGGAGAGGAAUUUGGAAAAGAUUUUACAAUAACUGAUUGCCUUCGAUGUAUCCCUAUAAAACCAGAAACUUCUACUUCAGCGUCAGAAGAUUUAGAACUAGAACCUAUAAAUUCUGAAGCACAGGAAGACACGCCUUUGAGUCGUUCAGCACGUCGAAAAAUAUCAAUUCACAGAUUAGCAAAACAAGCCAGCGUCAUGGAUGCUCCAAAAGAUGCAGACGGAAGCAUGAAAAUUACGAAUUGGUUUUAAUUAUUUUGUAUUAUUUUAAUACAUGUUUCUUU